CCCUGCCCAAAAACAGGUUUAUUGAGCGCAGAGCACUGUGCCAAGCGCUUAGGGCCGUUCGGUAACGGUGUCCUCUGUCCCCCGUGUGUGUCCGUGUGUCGGUUGGCAGGGGCUAGCUGGCGGCCGGUCCUCGGAUGGCCCUCGCCGACGGCGGCUGGUGCGUGCUGAAGAGGCGCGGGGCCGGGCCGGUGGGCACCGGGCACGGCUGCCCCUUCCCGGGCCGGGACCCCCGCCCCUGCCCGCCGGAGCCCCCGGACCCUCCUCCGGCCUCCUCGUCGUCGUCGUCGUCGUCGUCGUCGUCGUCGUCGUCGUCGGCCACGUGCCCGUCCCCGCCGGGCCUCCCCUCCCGGCCUCCCGGUGCCCCCGGUGGCCCGUGCCCGCUGUCCGCCCUGUCCGGCUGGGAGGACCUCCUGCCCUUCGCCGAGCUCGACCCCAAGCUGCUGUGGUCCGGGCGGGGCGCCAAGCUGAGCCCGCUGCGGGGCCCGGGCCGGGGGGCGGAGGAGCCCAUGUACCCGGCCUUGGCCCUGCCGGGGCCGGGCUCGGGCCCCUACGAGGGGGCGGCGGGGGGGUUCGGGCACCCGGCGGCGGCGGCCCCGGUCUACGUGCCCACCACGCGGGUGGGCCCCGUGCUGCCCGCCCUGCCCUACCUGCCGCCCGGCCCGGCCGGGCCCGCCGCCCCCGCCGCCCCGGGCUGGGCCCCGACGGCGGCCGACAGCCCCACGUACGGCGGGGGCGGCGGGGGCGGCGGCGGGGCCCACCCCUCGCGCUUCCCCUACGCCCCCAGCCCGCCCGGGCCCAGCGCGGCGGCCGGCCGGGACCACCCCGGGGCCUACGGGCCGGGCGCCGCGGGGCUGGGGGCCCUGGGCGGGCGCGACGCCCAGUACAGCCCCCUGACCGCCGCCCGGCCCCUCAACGGGUCCUACCCGCCGCCCCCGCCCCCGCCCCCCGGCCCCUAUGCCCCCUACGUGGGCGCCUCCCUGCCCCCGGCCUGGCCCUCGGCUCCCUUCGACGGCCCGGUCCUCCACAGCCUGCAGAGCCGCGCCGGGGCCCCCCUCGGCCUCCCCCGGACCCCCAGCGCCGAUCUGCUGGACGAUCUCUCCGAGAGCCGGGAGUGCGUCAACUGUGGCUCCAUUCAGACCCCGCUGUGGCGGAGGGACGGGACGGGGCACUACCUAUGCAACGCCUGCGGGUUGUACAGCAAGAUGAACGGCCUCAGCCGGCCUCUCAUCAAACCCCAAAAACGAGUGCCUUCGUCGCGGCGGCUUGGCUUGUCCUGUGCCAACUGCCACACUUCCACCACCACCCUGUGGCGUCGGAAUGCAGAGGGAGAACCGGUGUGCAACGCAUGCGGGCUGUACAUGAAACUCCAUGGGGUCCCUCGGCCGUUGGCGAUGAAAAAGGAAGGGAUUCAGACCAGGAAGAGGAAACCCAAAAACAUCAAUAAGGCCAAGUCGUGCUCGGGGUCCAGCAACAGUGCCGUCCCGAUGACCCCGACGUCCACGUCUUCAACCAACUCAGAUGACUGCAGCAAAAACGCAUCUCCCACCACGCAGACCGCAGCCUCGGGGGCUGGCUCGGCAACCAUGUCUGGUGCUGGAGAGACCCGGAGUCCAGAAAGCAGCGCACUCAAAUAUUCAGGUCAACAGGGGCUGUUCCCGGGAGUCAGCCUGACGUCCACGGCCGAGCCAGGGGGCCGGCAGACCCCCGCCUCUGGCCUGUUACUGUGCCUUGAAUCCCAAGAGGAUCUACCUGACCACGCUCCCCCUCUCUGUAAGAGAAAUGAGAGAAGGUGGAUCUCGUCCAGGGAAAAGCUGAUCCAUCCCAAGAGGAACCCAGCCACCCUGUCCACUGUGCGGACCCACAGUGCGUUGCUCACAGAUCCAGACCACCGGCUGCUGCCUCCGUCUUGGGGCUGGCUGUCUCUCCCCCUCACCUCCCACACCAGGUGCGGCUCGGCCCGUCGAGGACGGACGGAAGGCUUCCGCCCUGUGGGACCCCGAGACGGGGAGGGAGGGAGAGAGAGGGAAACUUUGACAAAGGCCUGAGUGGGUGUCCUGAGCUCGACAUUUAACGCCCUCGGAAAGGUCAGUUCGUGGUUAAUCCACUCUGUGGACUCUGGGAUUUCUCUAAUUGCCCUGCAUCUGGGUUCUCGGGUGCCUUGUGGAGGGAAUCAAAUCGAAGCCGCCGUGAUUGGUACAGGUCUCUCAAGGUGGAGUUGGCCAACGAGGUCUCGUGUCUAAAACGCGACUCACUUUGCAGGCUGCAUUGUAACUUUGUAACGUACACUGUGACUGAGGUUUCGGAAGUUCGUGUUGUGAGGCCGACCUGUCGUCGGUCGGAAUUUGUAAACAGGGUAGCAAACAAGAUAUUUUUCUUCCAUAUAUACAAUAAUUUUUUAAAAGUGCAAUUUGUGUUGCAGCAAUCAGUGUUAAAUCAUUUGCAUAAGAUUUAACCACUUUUUUAUAAUGAAUGUAAACCUUUUAACUUAAUGGUACUCAAAUAAUUUAAAAGAAAAGAAAGUUAACUAGACCUCCUUUGGCUUUUUUAUUGCCACGAAAAGCAUCCCAUUUCCCCUCUUUCCAAUUAUCAGAGAAAAAUACUUCAAGAACAAAUCUCUCAGGAAAAUGGCCUUUAUCCAUUUGUUUGUAAGUUUUAUACCAAAACGCAAAGAUCUCCCUUAUCGUCCUCUGGAAUAUGUGCUGGAAUGAUAGAAAAAUUGCAGUGAAACUUUACUACCUAACUGACACGUUUGUAAAUACUCCAUAAGAUAUAGAGGCAUCUCUAAGUUUUAGGGGGCAAUCUGUACCAUGGGACCGACCCGUAGUGGGUGGUUGGUUUACAUUUUUCAAAAUGGGAUGUUGUUUGGAACGUUAUUCUGUUAUCAGAGUUUUAAAAAUAAAAGGGUAUUGUUUUUUCUUUACAAA